CGUCCUGCCAACUCAUUCUUGCUGUACCGCGCAGAAAUGCAGUCUAUUGUCAGGAAAGAGUUUGCCGAGCAUGAAAAGGUAAACAACAAUACCGUAUCAAAAAUUGUUGGAGAAAGAUGGAGAAACGAGCCUGACGAAGUCAAAGCCAAGUAUGCUGCUCUGGCUGCAGAAGUCAAACGCGCUCAUGCUAUCGAAUACCCAGACUACAAAUAUACUCCAAGAAAG